AUGGGGAGUCUGGGAGGUUUGCCGUUUUGGCAAGUAAAUGUGCCCGAGGCCGAGAGGACGCAGGAAUGCCCCGAGUUCUUGCGCAAUCUCAGCGCCAAAGACAUUGGCAUCAUCGCCACCCCCGACGAGCAGUAUCGUCGAAUCACCUGGCCAGAAGUCCAACAGAUUGUUGCAGAGAACCGACUAGACGCCUUUCAGCGACGCCCUUCAGAUCUGAGACGCUACCUGGCCUACACCUCGAAACUGAAGCAGGUCUAUGGCAGCGUGAUAAACUUUGUCUUGAAGGAGCGCCUCGCGUGGGACAUGCCAACAGUGUCGCGGGGUAAACCUUUUGAAUUUGGUGACGACAUCAAGAUUCUCUGGAACGACUGGCCCUAUGGUCUCGAUGAGAGGAUCGUGCAUCUCGUCGUCUGGACAAAGUUUGAGCUGGAAGACGACCCGGCGACGGAUGAUCUCACCGAUAAAGCAAGAAGAGAAAUUGAUGACUAUGUCACGCAAAAAUUCGGCUCCAAGUUGCCACGAGACAGUUACGUCUGGUUCAAGAACUGGAGAUCUCUAAAGUCGGUCCGGGCAGUUGAGCAUUUUCAUGUCAUGAUGUACAACCCAGAUCCCGCCUUCAUCGAUAUGAUCACAAACGGUGAUGUGCCACUCUGCCGAAAGGUUUGA